CAUACGCCCCCCUCAGAGGAGAAGGAGGUGCCUCUUUCGCUAUAAUCACGUGACGGCCGCAUCCGGGCCUUUUGCCUUCUCUCCUCUUCCCAACAUGGCGGCUUCAGCUAAGAAGAAGAACAAGAAGGGGAAGACCCUGACCUUGACCCUGACGGACUUCCUGGCAGAGGAUGGCGGUGGUGGUGGUCCCACCUUCGUUCCAAAACCAGUCAGCUGGGCAGAUGAGACAGACGACCUGGAAGGAGAUGUUUCUACCACCUGGCAUAGCAAUGAUGACGAUGUGUACCGAGCCCCUCCAAUUGACCGUUCCAUCCUGCCCACUGCACCCCGGGCAGCUCGGGAGCCCAAUAUUGACAGAAGCCGUCUCCCAAAGUCACCUCCCUACACUGCCUUUCUGGGGAACUUACCCUAUGAUGUGACAGAAGAGUCUAUUAAGGACUUCUUCAGAGGACUUAAUAUAAGCGCUGUUCGUUUGCCACGAGAGCCUAGUAAUCCAGAGAGGUUGAAAGGAUUUGGAUAUGCUGAGUUUGAAGACCUGGAUUCCUUGCUCCGUGCUUUGAGCCUCAAUGAAGAGUCUCUAGGGAACAGGAGAAUACGAGUGGAUAUUGCUGAUCAAGCUCAGGAUAAAGAUAGGGAUGAUCGCUCUUUUGGUAGAGACCGUGAUCGAAACCGGGAUUCAGAGAGAUUCGAGACUGACUGGAGGGCUCGUCCUGCUACAGAUAACUUUGAUGACUACCCUCCCCGCAGGAGCGAGGAUAGCUUUGGAGAUAGGUAUCGGGACCGUGAUCGUUAUGAUUCGGAUCGGUACCGUGAUGGUCCCCGAAGAGAGAUGGACCGUUUUGGGGGCCGAGAUCGUUACGAUGACCGUAGAGAAUACGAUAGAGGAGGUUUCGACUCUAGGUCAGGCAGUGGUAGAAGAGCCUUUGGCAGUGGGUACCGUCGGGAUGAUGAUUUUAGGGGUGGUGGUGACCGCUAUGAAGACCGUUACGAGAGACGGGAUGACCGAAUGGAUAGGUGGAGCAGCUCACGGGAUGACUAUAGUAGGGAUGACAGCCGGCGGGAUGAUAGAGGUCCCACUCAGAGGCCUAAAUUGAACCUGAAGCCUCGGAGCACACCCAAGGAUGAAGAUACAUCUGUAGCUCCUGCUACCCAGUCCAGCCGUGCAGCCUCCAUUUUCGGGGGGGCCAAGCCUGUGGAUACAGCUGCAAGAGAGCGCGAAGUAGAAGAGAGGCUACAGAAAGAGCAAGAGAAGCUGCAGCGCCAGCUGGAAGAUGAUAAGCCCAGGCUAGAGCGGCGGCCCCGGGAGCGACACCCCAGCUGGCGUAGUGAAGAUAACCAAGAGCGGUCACGGACAGGGAGUGAAUCCUCGCAGACUGGCAGUACAACCGCUUCUGUGGGGACAGGCCCAACAGGAAGAACCUCACGAAGGAGGGAGAGUGAGAAAUCAUUGGAAAAUGAAGGCAGCAGUAAAGAAGAUGAAGGUCUGUCUCCCACCUCCAAGACUCCCAGGGAAGAGAAGCUUCCCCUGAAGGUGAUGCCAGCUCCUCCGCCAAAAGAAAACGCCUGGGUGAAACGCAGCAGCAAUUCUCACCCGGCACGCUCACAGAGCUCGGACUCGGACCAGUAUUCCCCUACAAGUGGCAACCAGGCUGUGCCACCCUUACCUUCAGAAGAUGGAGUGCCCUCCAAGAACACCCCAAGGAAAGGAGAUGAGAAUAGACCUGAUGGAGGAAAGGAGAGUGUUCCAAUAGGCCGAAGUGGGAGCUCUGGCUGUGGUCCUGGAGAUGGAGGCAGCAGAGACCAUUGGCAAGAUUCAGAUAGGAAAGAAAGUAAGGAGCAUGACUCAAGAUCUGCAUCUGAGCCAAAGCAAUUUGAAGAGAACCCUACCCCUAAAUUUAGCUGUGCUAGCAAGUAUGCUGCUUUGUCAGUGGAUGGUGACGAUGAAGCGGAGGGGAAUGAGUAUGCUGACUAAACUGUCCAGUCCCUCCGUGCUGGCUCCUUACCAGUUGCCACCCAGGAACAUUCGGCAAGCAAAACCAAACCUUUAUUCAGACAAGACAGAAAAAUAAAAGCCUACAAGUCAACAUCUCCUUGGAGAGACCUUUCUUAAACCUUUCCUUUAAAAAAAAUGAAAAAGUGAUACAGUUUCUCUUGCAUGCAGCUGCAGCCUUUAAAAGUAUUGAACUAACUGGAGAAAUCCCUGCAAACAAAAGUAUAGCAAGAGAGAAAAUGGCAGGUGUCUUUUUAAAAAAAAAAAGGAAUAGGCCCAGUGUGUGUCUUGAGUGUGACUUCAUGCAGCUUCUGAUCACGUCCAGAGCCCCAGGUCCUUCCCAUUAAAAGCAGAGGCUAGCACUUUAGCAGGCCAGGUGUGUAUGAGUGAGCGCAGUGGGGACUUGGGCAGCUGAGAACUGUCUGUUUCCCGCUUUUGCUAGCUUGGUUGAGUUCUGCAAUGUAACCUGGAAAAAAAUACUCUUGAAAGCUUUAGUGCGUUGAAGGAGGAGGAGAGCAGUCUUGUCCUAAUGGCUGGAGGAAGGGAUGAGAUGGCUGUCAAGGUAGAGGAUUGCAUCUCUGCACAAGUAAUCCCUGAGUUUAGAUGCAGGCUUUGCUGGGAGCGGGGGUUUCAUUGCAUUGUCCCAACUGUCUCUGAAAUCCAACAGGUAUGGAAAGCCCCAGGACAACACUAAGGCUGAAACUUAAUGGAACUUUGCCUACCAAGGGUACCCUCUUCUUGAGAGCCUCAAAGAUGAUCCCAGUUUUGUACCCUUGCCUAUCCCCAUCAUGAAGGCUGCUGACAGUUGCUUCUUCAUUGAAAGCCACUUUCCAUGUAGUUUGACCAAAUAGUGCAGAGGCUCUCUCCAUGCCAGCGGUCACUAGAACUGUGCAGCGCUGGUUUGAAGAGUGUGUGGUCAGUUUGAACCAUGCAGAAAGUAACUUUUUAUAUAUUAAAACAGGCUCCACCAAAUGGAAUCAGUUUUCAGUAACCUCCCUGAAGGGGACUGCAAUAUAUGAAGGAGCCACUGGAUUUAUGGGAAUCAAUAGUUGAAAGAGGAAUUUCUGGAGACUAUAAACUUUUCUUGGAAGUUCCCCCCCCCAUCCCUUCCUCUUCUUCCCCCUUUUAAUCACUUGAGGUACCAUCACAACCACUCACAAAAUUAAAUGGCACCUUUUUAACCUUGGGCACUGUUUAAAGGUAGCAAGAGUCAUUGAAAGUGUGGCUGAGUAUCUUUUACUGUUGGCAUCAUGUGACUAUUCAAGUUCCUUCCUCAUCUUGGGCAAGUAAGUGCACAACAUGGCUGGCAAACGUUCUUCAGGCCUUGUGUAAAGGGUUUAUUUUUAGCCCCCUUAAUUACUUUUUUAAACUUCCUUCACCACCACCCCAGCACCGUCAGAUGUCAGACAUAACUGAGACACACAUCUAUUCCAUUUGUUGUUGCAGUCUUGGUUCUUUCAUUUUUUUAUACCUUGAGUUUAUGGGUAGGGGAAGUGGGAAUUAUCUGCACAGUGGAACUGAACUAGCACAAGGUUUUAAUAGCCAACUCUCCAAAAACAUGCUUUACACUGAGGUUGUAGAGUAUCUGGCUAGAACAAGUGGUUAGCUUUACAAGGCGUGCGCAUGCUCACCAAGGAGCUGCUACUUUUUACGUGGUGGUGGUGGUGGUGGGGGAAACUAUGCCUUUUCCUCUUGGAAGCAAAUCCAGCUGACUCAAAUGCAAGAUUCAGUGUGUUGCAAAGCCUGCUGUGGUUGGUGUCUUAUUUCAAUAACUUUUAGCUACAGUUUAAAUCAGUCCUUUGAAACAUAAAGGGUAUUGGCAUGUCCUGGGGGCUGGAUAUAAAGGAAUGGGAGGGGGAGACCCUGCUGAGAGCAGAUACGGAUUUGAAAUGCAAUAUUGCUUUGAGUGUGAAAUGUGGAGGGGGGCUAUAUUUGAGGUAAACUGCUAAUUUGCAUACCCCAGAAGCAUUCUCUACCCUCCCGUCUCUCCCUUGCCUAUUCUCUCUUUCUCUCUGCGCUGUCAGGACAGGUUCACAAAGUGGAGGUGCAUUUUACACAUUCUAAAGACAUGUAAAAUUUGUACAAAAUAUCUUCUAUGAAAAUGAUUUGUAAUCUGUGUGGACUUCCUGGGAGAUGUCUUUUAUUAUGUAAAAUUUCCCCUCCCCCCUCCCUGCCUCAGUUUUUUGUUUUUCUCCAAAUAAAACUAAUCUUUAAAAUAA